AUGGCUGCUGUAUUUCCAAGAACGUGUUACAAAUGUGGUGAAGCUGGUCACGUUGCCGAUGACUGUACCCAAGAAGAAAGAUUGUGCUACAACUGUCGUAAACCAGGACACGAGUCAGGAGACUGUCCAGAACCAAAGCAAACCACUUCCAAGCAGUGUUAUUCUUGUGGUGAUGUAGGCCAUAUUCAAACUGAAUGUCCUAACCAAGCCCAAGGUGCCAAGUGUUACAACUGUGGUCAAUUUGGUCACAUUUCAAAGAACUGUGAAUCUGCACCAUCUGGACAACCUGCUCCAUUCAGAAAAUCAUACGGCCCAAGAGGUGGUUCUGCUUCAGGUACCACCUGUUACAAAUGUGGCGGUCCAAACCAUUUUGCCAGGGACUGUCAAGUUGGUAAUGUCAAGUGUUAUGCUUGUGGUAAGCCAGGUCACAUCUCCAAGGACUGUAACUCUGCUGCUGGUGGUUCUAACUCUGGAUCAAAAGCUUGUUACAACUGUGGAAAAUCAGGCCACAUUUCAAAGGAGUGUACCGCUUAA